GUUUUGGUGUUUCCGUGUUUGUCGUGCCACGUCAGUCUGACGGAUGUCGGAGGAGGAUCUCGGACAGUGAAGGCGGAUCUCUCAGGAGAUGUAACCGUGUCUUUAGUGUCACUGAUGAGAGGGAAGUAUUAAGUGUUCAGCAGCUCCUCGAAAGAUUCAGAUCUAAACGAGAGACCAUGGACACCAGCAAACUGGCUGAGAGACUCAAUGAAGCCGGGCAGUCUCAUGUCCUCCAGUUUUGGGACCAGCUAAGCCCUGAGGAACAAGCUGAGAUGAUUGUUGACUUGGAGAGCAUGAACUUCAUGGAGAUCAAUAACUUCUUUAAAACUGCCAUGAAGACAUCUGGGCAGAACUCGCAGGAGAAGGUGGACACCAGGAUGGAGCCGGUGCCCCGAGAAGUUUUGGGAAGUGUAACCCGCGAUCGUGAAUGUCUCAAAGAAUGGGAAGAAGAGGGCCUGCGUUGUAUAUCAGAAAACAAAGUGGCAGUUCUUCUAUUGGCUGGAGGUCAAGGGACACGGUUGGGUGUAUCAUAUCCAAAAGGCAUGUAUGAUGUGGGCCUCCCCUCUCGCAAAACCCUCUUUCAGAUCCAGGCUGAACGCAUCAGAAAACUGGAACAGCUUGCUGAAAAACUGCACUCAAGGAAGUGCUGUAUUCCAUGGUACAUUAUGACAAGUGGCAGAACAAUGGACAUGACCAAAGAGUUCUUCAUACGACACAAAUACUUCGGCCUGAAGGAAGAGAAUGUGUUUUUCUUUCAGCAAGGCAUGCUUCCCGCUGUGGACUUUAAUGGGAAAAUUAUUCUAGAGGGCAAAGGCAAACUGGCCAUGGCACCAGAUGGAAAUGGGGGUCUGUACAGAGCUCUGGGGACACAGAACAUUGUGAAGGACAUGGAGAUGAGAGGAAUCUCCUGCAUCCAUGUCUACUGUGUAGACAACAUUCUUGUGAAAGUGGCUGACCCUGCUUUCAUUGGUUUCUGUACACUGAAAGGAGCUGAUUGUGGUGCAAAGGUUGUGGAGAAGACCAAUCCAACAGAGGCAGUGGGUGUGGUCUGUAAGGUGGAUGGGCGUUAUCAAGUAGUGGAGUACAGUGAGAUUACUUUGGAAACGGCAGAGAAGCGAAGUGCAGAUGGACGACUUAUGUUCAAUGCCGGCAACAUGGCUAAUCACUUCUUCACUCUCACAUUCCUCAAAGAGAUCGUGAGGAUUCACGAGCCUCAGUUGCAACACCAUGUGGCACAGAAGAAAAUUCCCUACGUGAACACAAAAGGACAGCUAAUCAAACCUGACAAACCCAAUGGGAUUAAGAUGGAAAAAUUUGUCUUCGACAUAUUCCAGUUUGCCAAAACGUUUGUGGUAUAUGAAGUUCUGAGAGAAGACGAGUUUUCUCCGUUGAAAAAUGCAGACAGUCAGGAUGGGAAGGACAACCCCACUACAGCCCGUCAAGCUCUCAUGUCCCUGCAUCACCGCUGGAUCUUAAAUGCAGGAGGACAUUUCGUUGAUGAGAAUGGAACGCAUAUACCUGCUAUACCCAGACAUGGACCAGCAGGGACAGUCACUCCUGAAGUCACCCAGAACUUGAAGGAUGGAACAGACCUGCCAAUCAAAUGUGAGAUCUCUCCUCUUGUGUCUUAUGGUGGUGAGGGGUUGGAGCAUCUUGUGAAUGGACAAGCUUUCCAGCCCACUCUGCUCAUCGAUGAGAACAGUGUCCACAAGCUUGUGAAGAACGGCCUGUGAACCUUGAGCCAGCUGCAGCAUUGAAACCAGAAUGAAGACUCUUUAUCAUUUUCAUCUCACUUCCUGCCAGGGUGGAGGAAACCGUGAAAUUCUUGUGCAAUAAAAUGAAGGAAGGGUGCCAGAAGGCCAAUCAUAAUCAAAUAAUUUUAUAAUCAAACUAUUUAUUUUGCGAAGACUUAUUUUUAUAUCAAUGUGCAGUGCUUUUUUUUUUUUUGGAAUUGGAACCUAUGAAUUUAACUGUCUAAUUUAUAUAUAAAUGUAUCAAAUAAUACACAGUGCUGUAGAUUGCAUGAAUGGACACUGCUAAGAUUUUAGGCAUUCCUGCUUAAUUUGUUCCACUCUCUGAAAACGUAGAUACAUGUAAAACAAAGUAUGGUCUUCUCUAUGGAUGUCUGUUUUUGACAGGUAUGUUUUUCGUCGAGAAAAAGUGAGUGAGAAUGUGACAUUGCAUCAGACUUUCCAGCACAGGGUUUAAAGGAGAGGUUCUGAUUGGUUGGAAUCUGUUGCUGCCACUUACAGUGCUUUAGAAAGUGUGCACUUUGAGACACAUUCUCUCUCUUUUACACUCUUCCUAUCUCACUUUUCCGAUUAGCCUUUGUCUGCACCAUUUAUGUUAGUUUGUUUGUGCACAUCCAUGUAUAAAAUAAUUUAUCUGAAUGAA